AUGCCGCAAAUCACCGAACUCGCGUGGUUCCCCCUCAAGGAGGGCGCCCGGGAUAGCGACGCCUGGGCGACGCUCAAGAAGCUGGGCCCGGACCUGCGCGCGCAGCCGGGGCUCGAGGCGUCGUGGCACGGCGCGCCCCUGGAAAGGCCCCAGUCGUCCGAGAUAGUCAACGUCUGGGCCUCCUCGGACGCCUACACCGCCUCCAAGUCAUCACCCCUGCACGCGGCCGCCGCAAAGCUAAUGGUCGAGCUGGUCGACGCCUCAUCGGACCCGGCCGCGCCGCAGCCGUACCACAACGCCGUGGUGUUCGACGCGCCGUUCGCGGCCGUGGCUGCCGCGCCGCUCGUGCAGAUGUCGGCCGUGUUUCUGCCGCUCGACGUCGACGCGCCGGCCUUCGAGGCUGCGUGGGCGUUUGUCAUUGCCAGCCUGCGUGAAAACGGCCCGCCCGACGGGUUCGUCGCCGGCGUCCAUGGCUGGGCGCUCGAGGCCGUGCAUGGCAUCCCGAAGUUUCCGGCCGGUGCCAAGGUGUUUGUUACGGCGAGCGGCUGGGAGAGUCUAGAGAAGAAUGUCGCUGCGCAUGUUGGCGUCGCGGAUAAGUUUGCGGAGGUGCAGAGGUUUUCGGAUGUUUUUGAGGCGCAUCAUGUCUCGUUCAAGAAGGCCGGCGAUGAUUAG